AUGAAAGAAAGAGAUGAGCUCAGGGCUUCAGAGUCACAGUUCAAGCACAGCACAAAAGAUCUCAAAGAUUCCACUUGUGCCCUGAAAGAAAGGCUUAUUUCUUGUAGCAAUGGAGGUGAUAUCGCCAAAAAACCUACCCAGAGUCUUAUCUAUGUCACACAACUGCGUAGAAGCCUAAGCCAGCAAGUAAAACCUAAGCCAGAACCAACAGCAUCUUCUGUCCUUGAAAAAACAUCUUCAGGUCAAGCCAAAGCAGAAAUAAAUGAGAUGAGAUCUCUUUCACCGCCCAGCCUAUCUUCGUCCAGAAAGCCAAAUGAAAAGGAAUUGAUAGAACUAGACUGUGUCUCAGUAAUUGAAGGUUCGGCAGAAGUGGGAAAAGAGUCACAAGAUGAAAAACAAUGGAAAGAGAUGAAGCUGCAUCUGGAUGAUUUGCCAGGAAUUUUGGCUCAACUAUCCAAAAUCAAACUCACAGCUCUGGUGGUUAGUACCACGUCAGCUGGAUUUGCCUUGGCUCCAGGACCUUUCGACUUGCCCUGCUUACUGCUCACUCUCGUUGGAACGGGCCUUGCAUCCUGUGCCGCCAACCCCAUCAACCAGUUUUUUGAGGUGCCAUUUGAUUCAAACAUGAAUGGGACAAAGAACAGACCUCUAGUUCGUGGGCAGAUCAGUCCAUUGCUCGCAGUGUCCUUUGCCACUUGCUGUGCUGUUCCAGGAGUGGCCUUGCUGGCCUGGGGGGUGAAUCCACUCAUGGGCGCUCUGGUGGCCUUCAACAUUUUCCUGUAUACUUGCUGUUAUACACCACUGAAGAGGAUCAGCUUUGCCAACACGUGGUUCGGAGCCGUGGUUGGGGCCAUCCCGCCCAUUAGGGGCUGGACGGCAGCCACCGGCAGCCUUAAGGCUGGCACGUUCCUCUUGGGAGGAAUCCUCUACUCCUGGCAGUUCCCUCACUUCAACGCUCUGAGCUGGGGGCUCCGGGAAGACUACCCCCCGGGAGGCUACUGUAUGAUGUCCGUCAUGCACCUGGCCCUGUGCAGGUGUGUGGCCCUGCGCCACGGCCUGGCCCUCGUCGGACUGUCCACUGCGGCCCCCCUCCUGGACUUCACCACGUGGACCUUCCCCAUCAUCUCCCUCCGCAUCAGCCUGUACAUCUCCUACCUCGGCUUCCGGUUCUACACCCAGGCCAACCAGAAGAGCUCCCGGAGACUGUUCUUCUGCAGCCUGUGGCACCUGCCCUUGCUCCUGCUGCUCUUGCUCACCUGUAAGCAGCCGCAGGGCGUGAAGAGGGACCAGGGCGAGCCCCGGCAGUGA